ACCAGGCCUUUUGCCAUGGAAGCUGAGGAAACGAUGGAAUGUAUCCAGGAAUUCCCUGAACACUAUAAAGUUAUUUUGGAUAGACUGAAUGAACAACGUGAGCAGGACCAGUUUACAGAUAUCACUCUGAUUGUCGAUGGUCACCAUUUCAAAGCUCAUAAGGCAGUUCUUGCUGCCUGUAGCCAAUUCUUCCACAAAUUCUUCCAAGAUUUCACUCAGGAGCCUUUGGUGGAGAUUGAAGGUGUUAGUAACAUGGCAUUUCGUCACCUAAUUGAGUUCACCUAUACAGCAAAGCUAAUGGUACAAGGUGAGGAAGAAGCAAAUGAUGUUUGGAAAGCUGCAGAGUAUCUACAGAUGCUAGAAGCAAUCAAAGCACUUGAAAUCAGGAACAAAGAAAAUUCAUCACCCUUAGAAUCAAAUGAAGCACAAGGUAAAACUAAGCCAAAAAAGAGGAAGAUUGCUGAAACCUCUAAUGUUAUCACAGAAACACUGCCAUCUGCAGAAUCAGAGCCUGUUGAAAUUGAGGUUGAGAUUGCUGAAGGGACGAUUAAAGUGGAGGAUGACAGCAUUGAAACCCUUGAAGAAGUAGCUUCUGCAGAGCAAUCCAUAAAGUACAUACAGACAACAGGUACAUCAGAUGAAUCUGCUUUGGCUCUUUUGGCAGAUAUCACCAGCAAGUAUCGUCAGGGAGAGAGAAAAUGCCAGAUGCAAGAAGAAGGUGAUAGUGCAACUGACCCCUCGUGCAAACAGGUAGAAGGUAUUGAAAUUGUGGAACUUCAGCUGUCACACAUGAACAAUUUAUUCCACUGUGAGAAAUGUAACCGUUCAUUUAAAUUGUUUUACCAUUUUAAGGAACACAUGAAAACACACUCUACUGAGAAUUACAAAUGUGACAUAUGCAAUAAAAGAUACCUACGAGAGAGUGCUUUGAAACAGCACCUCACCUGUUACCACCUUGAUGAAGGUGGUGCCAGCAAGAAGCAAAGACCUGGCAAGAAAAUACACGUAUGCCAGUACUGUGACAAGCAGUUUGACCACUUUGGGCAUUUUAAAGAGCACCUUCGGAAGCACACAGGUGAAAAACCCUUUGAAUGUCCAAACUGUCAUGAACGUUUUGCUCGGAAUAGCACGCUGAAAUGUCACCUGACAGCGUGUCAGUCUGGAGCUGGUGCUAAAAAGGGAAGAAAGAAACUGUAUUUGUUUCAGGUUUGUAACAGUGUGUUUAACAGCUGGGAUCAGUUCAAAGACCACUUGGUAAUACACACUGGUGACAAGCCCAACCACUGUACCUUAUGUGAUUUGUGGUUUAUGCAAGGCAGUGAGCUGAGAAGGCAUCUCAAAGAAAUGCACAAUAUUUCAGAACUAUUAGUGACAGAAGAGGUUCUUCCAGUGGAAGCUAUGGAAGCUGAACCGGUAACGUCAAUGACAAUAAUAGAACAAGUUGAGCAAGUCCAUGUCCUACCAGUAAUUCAGGUACAAGUGGAUCCUGCACAGGUAACUGUGGAACAGAUGCACCAGGAUCUCAUACAAGACAAUCAAGUGAAAGGCGCACAGAUGGAGGAACUACAGGAACAGGUGCAGAUCAGUUACUUGGAAGUUGAACACAUUCAGACUGAACAAGGUGCUGAAGUGCACGUGGAACAGUUACAUGUGGAGCACGUAAAUCAAAUACAGAUGGAAGAAGUACAGGCAGAACUUAUAGAUGGAACAGACCUUGAACAAGUAGAAUAUCGAAGUGUUGAUCAAGGAGAAGCAGAAGAAAAGGAUCAUAAUCAAGCAGAUGAUGCAGAUAAGGAACAUCAUGAGCUAGCUGAAGACUUAAAAACGCAACAGUUAGUGGACACACAAAAUGCAAAAAUGGAUGACUAGGACACAUAAUGACACUGCAGUUUUAAAAAUGAAAUACCAAAUUAUUUUUGUUAACUUUUACAUUGCUUUUUGAACCAUCACUGGUCACCUUUCCAAUAUGCUGUCCAUAGGAAAUUGGACAAGUGGACCAAAAUUAGCUUUCUUCAAGUACAAUUAAACUUCUCUCAUAUGUGAAAAAUACUUCCCCAUUAAUGUAGUGCUAUGAAAAAGAAACUACCAGAGACCGGGACAACUUUGAGAUUUUUAGCAAUGAAUAGCUUGUAUCAUUGUAUCAUUACACCAUUCCUGGGCAUAUGUAAAAGUAAUUUUACCUCUUUUCCUCUUGCAGUAGAAGCAAAGGCUUGUAUAAAUUUGCAGGAUGUCUGUGGCAGGAGAGUCAGUAAAAUCUGAGGGGUUCAGCUAUGUACCUAUGAAUUUUUGGAUCUUAACUUUCAGGCUGGGCUAGAAACACUGUUGCUGGAAAUCUUGGAGCACAUAAAUCCUGUGCCUUUUCGAUACUGGGUGGUUACAUUUCCACAAAGUUUCUAGAGUUCUUGAGAACUUAGUUCUCUAAAAGGCAUUGUAGGUAAUGUUAUAGUGCUUUAUAUUUUGCUUGAAAUUGCCAGUUACUGAUUUUCUUUUUGCAUUAAAUUUAGAGGCGGGGGGCUGAGGGAGGGAACAGACUUUACUUGGAGGCAGCAGGACAUGCUAAAUGGGACAUUUAAAAAUAGGAAAAGCUUGGUAAAGUCUGUGAUAAACAUGGUUUGGAAGAAAGCUACAAGCAGGCUCUUCUAUAAAUAAUCAUUUUUUUAAAUUAAUAUGUUUAAACAUAAAGAGACUUGUCUGUAUAGUAUCAGGUUCUUGUUUUUUUUUUAAAUGAAAUUCUGACACUUGACAAAAAGAUGUGCUAAACAUAAAAGGAAAAGCCAUAGGUAUGAGUGCUAAACUGUGGAUUGAAAACUAGAAGUGUAAAUAGUUUAAUCAAUAUUAGAAAAUAAAACAAUACCAACCAUUAAAUGUUGCAUUAUUUGUUUCAUGCACUGUAUUAGGAACAACUGAAUGACUGACAAUUAAGGGCCAAGUUCCAAUGUUAAGGAUCAAUCUCAUUUUUAAUAUGAUUAAUAACUUUUUACUGUAAAGUUAGAUUCAUUUAUAAAAUGCUUGUCUAUCUAUGGUCAAGGAUGUUAAGAAUGUCCUAAUUACUGCUGAAGGUUAGAGGUGCUCAAAACUCCUGAAGAACUUUAUUUUCAAAGUCUUAAAUGAAGGAAAGAAUUUUUGAAAGGAUAGUCCCUACUGCUUUUGCUCAUACUAUAGAUCUUAGUUAAAAUCAGGCUUUUCUAUUCCAUCUUCAAAUGCCAAACUGUUUCCUGGAAUUUGUGCAUUUAUUUAGUUUCAUUCAAUAUUAUUGUGUUUGAUCAUAGCCUUUGAGAAGCCGUUGCAAAAGAAACAUGGAUCACAAUUAAAAUUUCAAACAAUUUGAUUAA